AUGCAGAUGCCGACUGCUGCAAUUCUGCUCGCCUCGAGCUACCUCCCCAUUGCCCAUUGUCUCGACGUGAAUGGAAGUACCAAGUUUCAAUCAUCCACGAAACGCGGGCUUAUCUACAUUCCAUCCUCAGAGCACCCGUCUGACGCUCAGGUUUGGGUUGAGAAUGGCACGGAUCUCACCUGGUACUACAAUUAUGAUUCCACUCCGUCGGAUGCCUACUCCAACCGGAGCCAGGCUGACCUUGAAUUCGUACCAAUGCUCUGGGGAUCAUCAAACAGUUCCGAUUUUGCAUCCAAUGUGGAAUCUCUAAUUAAAAAUGAAGGGCGGAAUAUCACCCAGGUUCUAACAUUCAACGAACCCGAUGGAUCAUCCUCAGCUGGGGGAAGUGAUAUUGCUCCCGAGAGAGCAGCGACAAUUUGGAUCAAUGAUAUUGCGCCGCUCAGAAAAUUGAAUGUCAAACUCGGAGCACCUGCAGUGACAGGAAGUCAGAGCGGAUUUAUUUGGUUGAGCGAAUUCUUUGGGAAUUGUUCCUCUCAAAAUACCAACUGCACCGUCGACUUUAUUCCUAUACAUUGGUAUGGGGAUUUUCAAGGUUUAGCAAGCUAUAUUGGCCAAGUGGUUGCAACAUAUCCAAAUACCUCCAUUUGGGUCACGGAAUACGCACUCGCUGAUGCCAGUCUAUCAGAUUCGCAAUCUUUCUUCCAGAUCUCGGCCGAAUACUUUGAUCGUAUUGACUACAUUGAGCGUUACUCUUACUUUGGCUCUUUUCGCUCAUCUGUCUCUAACGUGGGCCCUAAUGCUGCGAUGCUGACCCAAGAUGGCCUUCUUACGGAUAUAGGAAGCUGCUUCUUAAAACUAAACAAUAUGGACGAGUCUAUUGCAUACGUUACGCAUGAGUCUCAAUCUGUCACGAGCGUUGAGGAGCGGUCGGUUCCGGAUGCUUCGCAAGGCCGCAACAACCCUUUUCUCACCCCUCAAGACCGAAGAUCGCUGAAUUCUUCUGCACAGCAUUCCUCAUACGCUGUAUUUUCAGCCACAUUUUCUGAAGCAAAACCUCUCAGGCAGAGAAAAUUCAAAUCAGCUCGACUAAUCGGUGUCUAUGAAAAGCCAUGGACCGCAAAGAAAGAUCCACGAAUGAUAUGGGACAAGAUCUUUUUCAUAGCACUCACUAUCGUCGGGUUGGGCAUUGGGGCGUAUAUCAUAUAUAGCGGCUGGCAAAGUGUAGAGAACCCACCGUAUUGCUUAGUUUUCGAGGAUGAUUUUCAAAAAGGCCUCGGCGCAGACGACUGGAACUAUGAGCUCCAAGUCGGUGGAUUCGGCGUCGGCUCUUUCGAUUGGGCUACAAACGACCCAGAGAAUGCUUAUACAGACACGAAUGGCCUGCAUAUUGUUCCUACGCUCACGACACAAAGUAGCUCUGCUGAUAUCAGUCUGGACCAGCUACUGAAUGGAUAUACAUUGAAUCUCACUAAGGAGGGAGUGUGCACCGCCACUGAUGCCGCUUCCUGUGUACGAGUGAGCAACAUCACAACUCAGACGAUGAUUAACCCCGUUAGGAGUGCGAGAUCGACAACGAGGGGAAAGCAUAACAUUACUUACGGAAAAGUAGAGGUGACUGCCAAGCUCCCUCGUGGAGAUUGGCUCUGGCCGGCUAUCUGGAUGUUACCGGAGACCGAUACCUACGGAGCAUGGCCACUUAGUGGUGAAAUCGACAUCAUGGAAUCCAAAGGAAAUGACGGAGAAAAGUAUAAAGGAGGUCGCAAUGAAGUUGGAGGAACACUUCACUGGGCUCCUAAUAGUGAGCUUGAUGCCUUCUGGCGCACGAAUGGGGUUCGUUACAUGACAAGGGGGGAUUAUUCGGACGAUUUCCAUACUUUUGGCAUGGAAUGGAGCGACUCGUACAUUUAUACAUGGGUUGACAGUCGACUUGCGCAAUCUUUGUAUGUCCCUUUUGGGAAAAAGUACGGGACAAUGUACGACCGAGGCAAAUUUGCCUCUAUGAGCGUUAACGGAUCAAUCCCACUUGACCCCUGGUCGGUGACAGGUCGCUAUAAUACUCCGUUUGAUGAGGCAUUCUAUCUCAUUUUGAAUGUAGCCGUCGGUGCAACGGAUAGUUACUUCGCAGACGGUUAUGGCAAUAAACCAUGGGUCGACAAAUCGGAUACUGCCAUGGAGCAGUUUUGGAAUGCGUCCUCGGCUUGGGAACCCACCUGGGGAGGCGGCGAUGCUCGAGGCAUGACAGUGAAGAGCGUUAGAUUGUAUCAGCGUGGUAAUUGCCCAAGUUCUUCUUAG